AUGCAGAUCCCGAAGCAAAUCUCCAGUCCGGCAGACCCAAAAGAGCCUUCCUUCCUUAACCUUCCGGCCGAGAUUCGCAACCAGAUUUAUGAGCUCUUGUUCACGCGCGAAGAGCCUGUCUUGCUCCACAAUGCCAAAGCAUAUCACGCUAUUCCACCACAGAGAAUCCCUGAUUCCAGCUGGCCCGUUACAGUAGAGGCUUUUGAUGAAGCGUACGAGAACGAGAUUUGUCAGGGUCAAAUCUUCGUCCAUGAUUUCCAGACAGUCACUCCCGCUCUCCUCCUAUGUCGACAGGUAUACGCUGAAGCAGCCGGAUACCUAUACGGCAACAAUACUUUUAUGUUCUCGCGCCCGCUUUAUUGCCACGAUUCUCGCGGCUACGAUGAAGAAGAUGCAGAAUAUGACGACGACUCGUACUUCGUAACAAAUUAUGUGGCCCAGUGGCUGCAGAAUCUGGGCUCUCAACUCAAAUUUCUGAAGGAGGUCCGCAUAGAUGCCGGUGCUUUAUGUCCCGAACGGUGCUACAGAGCACUAGGAGAUGUCUCUAUUCUGAAGCUUGUAAGGCUAUUAUGGGAGCAUCCCUAUCUUGCAGAUGUAGUCGCAUUCACCCAGAGAGAACCAACAGAGCGCGAGAAGGAUGAUUGCAGUGAGUACAAUCAUUUUGAAGAAGAGGACGACAUGGACCGCGCGGGACAUUUACAAAGGAUUUUGAUCGCAAUCAGUACUCAAGACGUCUUGGACUUGAAGCGCUACGCUUUCAAGGGACUGCUUGUCGACAAUAUCGUCCUCUACUCGUCUUUGCUGUAUGGCGGGGUUACUGGACCAAAUUUGAUCCGACAUUUCAGUGCUCUGGAACAAGAAGCUGUGAAAUGGGUAGAGUUCGGAAGUUCUCGCGACUAUCUCGGAAGGUUGCCAACGCUCUUGCAGAGCAAGAUCCUCAGGCUGGUCACAUUUUCAGCUGACCAGAUUGUACUCGAUCUUGACUCGCGCUCAAUACGAGGCCUCAACCCGAUAGGUUUUCAUCUGAGUCGGAAGCUCAGGGAUGCUGUUACAUUCAAUUCAAUACCCUAUGAUACAAGCAUUGUUGUCAGGAAGAGUAUCAGCACUACGACCUCGGAUUCCAAGAACUUUGCCGUUGUCGCCUCGGAGCUGGUUAGUCCAACCGGAAGGAACAGUGGAUACUCGAUAUUCUGGGGGUCUUUCCAAGAAAUUUUCAGCAGCCAUCCAUCUAUAGUCAUCGUCCUCGACUUCGAUAUCGCAACAGCCACCUCCCUGAAGGAGAUCCGUAUAAACAUCAAGGAAGUUGUACCUAUACUGAGCCAUAUCUCCUCCUAUUCCAAGGCAAAAGCUCACUUCGUCCUCAAAUGUCCUUGGGGAAACUCUAUACACCACGAGGAAGUCACGAUUUCGGUGGUAGAGUUGAUACAAAGCCUGUUCCUACUCUUGAGCGAUGUCAGGCAGCAAUGGCCCUCAGAGAUGGCUAAGGCCGGCGGAAGUCAGCUUCCCGAUAUCUGGCUUAAUGGAAAUGGCGUCCUCAUCUUUGCGUCAUACCCGGCAAGCUCACACUCUUCGGAACGCCGUGUAGAGUAUGCGCAUGGUCGACUCACACCUACCGAGAUACGCAACCGAGGGUACAGGAUGGCAAUGGCGACCUAUACGACUUAUAAUCACGGAACCUCUGUAGGAAUGCUGUACAAAUGUUGGAUACAAAUACGUGGCCUUCAUUAUCAGGAUAGGGAUAGAAACAGAGUUUGA